AGGGAGAGGAGGGGGUGUUAGAGAAUAAGAGGGACAAGCUGCAGGGUAACAGACUACAUCGGCAGCAGCACUUGAUAAGGAAGGAGGAUGAGUAGGUCUUGGUUGUGGCUUGUGGCCACUGCGGCCUUGGUGUCUGCAUCGUCUCUGGCUAAUGCAUCUCCACUAAAGGUGAUGUCUGCCCCCAACUUGUUGCGGGUAGGAGCGAAAGAAAACAUCUUUGUGGAGUGUCAAGACUGUACAGGGGGAGACAUUUUGGUCAUAAUUAAUGUUAUGAACCAUCCAACCAAAGCUAAUACUCUGGCAACCACAUCUGUAACCCUUAACAGUGGUAAUGACUUCCAGGCAUUCGGAGAAAUUAAGAUCCCUGCUGGAGAGUUUAGCAGAGAUGCCACCAUAAAGCAAUAUGUGUACCUGCAAGCUCAAUUCCCUGACCGUCUGCUGGAGAAAGUUGUCCUAGUUUCCUUCCAGUCUGGGUUUAUCUUCAUCCAAACAGAUAAAACUAUCUAUACACCCCGAAGUACAGUUCUUUACAGAAUGUUUGCAGUGACACCUCGUAUGGAGCCAGUGGAGAGAGAUGAAGACACUUCCAUUGACAUUGAGAUGACGACUCCCGAUGGCAUCGUUUUGCCUGUGGAUUCAGUCUCUACAACAUCAGGAAUCUUCACUGGUGAUUACCAAAUCGGUGAAAUUGUGAGUCCAGGGAUCUGGAAAUUGGUGGCCAAGUUCCGCAGUAACCCACAGCAGAGCUACACUGCAGAAUUUGAAGUCAAAGAAUAUGUGCUGCCAAGUUUUGAGGUGAAACUGACACCUGUGACCUCUUUCUUCUAUGUGGACAGUCCAGAUCUCAUUGUUAACAUCAAAGCUGAGUACCUGUUUGGUGAAUCUGUGGAUGGCACUGCUUAUGUAGUAUUUGGUGUCAUAGCUGAAAAUCAAAAGAAAAGCUUAGCCGGCUCUCUUCAGAGAAUAUUGGUUGAAAGAGGCAGUGCAGUGGCUACACUGAAGAGGGAACACAUCUUACAAACCUUCAACAAUAUCAAUGAUCUGGUUGGAAAAUCACUGUUUGUAGCCGUCAGUGUGCUGACAGACAGUGGUGGUGAAAUGGUGGAGGCAGAAUUGAAAGGCAUCCAGAUCGUCACAUCCCCUUACACUAUCCACUUUAAGAAAACACCCAAAUAUUUCAAACCGGGGAUGUCGUUUGAUGUUGUGGUUGAAGUUGUGAAUCCCGAUGAAUCCCCAGCAUCAGGUAUAGCUGUGGUAGUGGGGCCAGGUCAUGUAGAGGGUUUAACUGCAGACAAUGGCAUUGCAAAGCUGACCAUCAAUCCGGACGCAAAUACAAAAAAAUUGACUGUCACUGCAAAGACCAACAAACAGGGAUUGUCAGCUGACAGACAAGCAAAAGCCACAACUGAAGCUCUACCUUAUAAAACUACAAGCAACUUCUACCUCCACAUAGGUGUGGAUACAGCAGAACUCAAACUGGGGGAUAACCUAAAAAUCAACUUCAACUUAAACAGGAAGAUAGACCAUGACACAGAUAUCACAUACCUGGUCCUGAGUAGGGGUCAAUUGGUCAUUCACAAACGUUACAGAUCAAGAGGUCAAGUUCUGAUCUCUCAGAACAUUCCCAUCACCAAAGAAAUGCUACCAUCAUUUCGCAUCAUCGCCUACUUCCAUCCAAAUGACAAUGAGGUGGUAUCAGACUCUGUCUGGGUGGAUGUCAAGGACACUUGCAUGGGCUCGCUGAAGUUGGAGUCAUCAAGACCAGCUCCUUCCUAUGAGCCACGCAAAAUGUUUGGUCUAAAGGUGACCGGAGACCCAGGCGCAGUAGUUGGACUGGUGGCAGUUGACAAAGGCGUUUAUGUCCUGAAUAACAAGCAUCGCCUCACCCAGAAAAAGGUCUGGGAUGUUGUUGAAAAGUAUGAUACUGGCUGCACACCAGGGGGAGGAAAAGAUGCCAUGAGUGUGUUCUAUGAUGCUGGGCUAUUGUUUGAGUCGAACACAGCUUCAGGCACUCCCUACAGACAAGAAAAGAAAUGUCCCACAGCCAGUAAGAGGAGAAAAAGAGCCAGUACUAUAGCAGAUGUCACUACUAGCUUAAGGAGUCAGUAUAAAAACGACCUGCAACGAGAAUGCUGCACAGACGGUCUGAAGGAAACCCUUCUUACAUACACUUGUGAAAGGCGUAGUGAGUACAUUAUCGAUGGUCUGGACUGUGUUAAUGCCUUCCUGCACUGCUGCAAAGAGAUAGAGAGCCAUCGAGCUGAGCAGAAGGAGGAACAGCUCCGUCUGGCUCGCAGUGAGGAGGAGGACAACAGUUACAUGGACAGCAAUGAAAUUGUUUCUCGCACCAGUUUUCCUGAAAGUUGGCUGUGGUCAGACAUUCCAUUGCCCAAUUGCCCUAAACACACACCAGACUGUGAGACCACAACAUUCACAAAACAUGUUCCAUUGCAAGACUCAAUCACAACCUGGCAGUUCACUGGCAUUAGCCUUUCAAAGGCCUAUGGAAUCUGUGUUGGGGAGCCGUUUGAAGUGAUUGUCAGAAAGGAAUUUUUCAUUGAUCUGAGACUUCCUUAUUCUGCUGUUCGAGGAGAGCAGAUAGAAAUUAAAGCAAUCCUUCACAACUACAGCCCAGAACUAAUCACUGUGCGUGUGGAUCUUUCGGAAACUGAAAACAUAUGCAGUUCAGCAUCAAAACGCACAAGGUAUCGUCAAGAGGUCAAUGUUGGGGCUGGUACUACACGAUCAGUACCCUUUGUCAUUAUUCCAAUGAAGCACGGUCAAUUCGAUAUUGAGGUGAAAGCAGCUGUAAAGGACUCAUCCAUGUAUGAUGGAGUGAAAAAGAGUCUCCUGGUGGUGCCCAAUGGUGUACUCGUGAAGCAACCAAAAACAAUAACUUUGGACCCCACUACCAAGGGUGCAGGAGGUAAACAAGAAGAAAUCCUUAACAGUCGAAUUCCAGAGACAAAUUUGGUUCCUAAUACACCUACAAGCACACAGAUUUCUGUCACAGGAAGGGAAAAUAUAGCUCCACUGGUGGAAAAUGCCAUUAGUGGACAAUCAAUGGGUACACUGAUCUACCAGCCUUCAGGUUGUGGUGAACAGAACAUGAUUCAUAUGACACUGCCAGUCAUUGCAGCUAUAUACUUGGACAAAACCAACCAAUGGGAGUCUGUUGGAUUUCAGAGACGAAAUGAAGCUCUGGAGCAUGUAAAGACUGGCUUUAGAAAUCAGUUGGCCUACUUAAAUCCUGAUGGAUCUUUUGGCGUGUGGCAUCACAGACACGGUAGCACCUGGCUGACAGCCUAUGUUGUUAAAGUGUUUGCUAUGGCAAACAAUCUGGUGCGAUUGGAUAAGAAUGUGAUCUGUAAUGCAGUGAAGGUUUUGAUUCUCAAGGCAAAGCAGCCCAAUGGCAUGUUCAAAGAAGUUGGCAGUGUUUCCCAUGGAGAGAUGCAGGGUGAUGUACUAGGCUUGGAUACAGAUGCCUCCAUGACAGCCUUCUGCCUGAUUGCCAUGCAGGAGUCAAAACUUUUAUGUCAAGACACAGUUAAUACUCUUGCCAGCAGUAUAGACAAGGCAGUGGAAUACCUAACAAAUCAUUUGCACACCUUAACUAACCCAUAUGCUGUUGCCAUGACAUCAUAUGCCCUGGCAAAUACUCAAGGAUUUGACCGAGGAAUCCUCUUCAGGUUUGCUUCUCCAGAGCUGUCACACUGGAUUUCCCCCAGAGGACGCAUUUACUCUCUGGAGGCCACAGCUUAUGCUCUUCUUGCUCUGGUGAAGGCCAAGCUUUUUGAAGAGGCCAGACCUGUUGUCAGGUGGUUUAACAAUCAGCCGAGGAGUAAUGCUGGCUUUGGAUCAACUCAGGCCACUAUUAUGGUUUACCAAGCUGUAUCAGAGUACUGGGCUGCUGCUCAAGAACCAGAAUAUGAUCUGAAAGUGGAGAUUCAUUUGCCAAACAGGGCAUUGCCUCACCGUUUCUCCUUUACCAGGGCAAAUCACUAUACCACAAGAACUGUUAAAAUCUCAGAUAUUAACCAGGAUGUGAAAGUGACUGCAGAGGGAUCAGGAGAGGCCACACUGACUAUGGUGUCGUUGUAUUACGCUCUGCCAACAGAGAAAGAAAGUGACUGUCAAAAGUUUGAUUUGUCAGUGGAGCUCAUUCAAGUGAGAAUGGAUGAGGAUGAAAUAUACAAACUGAGAAUUGAAGUUUUGUAUAAAAGUAAAGACAGAGAUGCAACAAUGUCAGUCUUGGACAUUGGCCUACUGACUGGAUUUACUGUCAAUACAAACGACCUUGACCAAUUGACCAAAGGACGUGCCCGCACUAUCGCUAAAUAUGAGAUGAAUACUGUCCUGUCAGAAAGAGGCUCCUUGAUUAUCUACCUGGACAAGGUUUCUCACACUAGACCAGAAGAAAUCGUUUUUAGGAUACACCAGACAAUGAAAGUGGGCGUCUUACAACCAGCCACUGUAUCAGUCUAUGAAUAUUAUGACCAAACACAUUGUGUGAAAUUCUACCACCCUCAAAGACUUGCCGGAGAGCUAAUGAGGCUGUGCACUAAAGAAGAAUGUACCUGUGCAGAAGGUAAAAAGAAACAGUUUUUGAGGACUUUAUCACUGACACAUAACUCAUGUAUCAAUAAUCAUUUGUCUGUAAUAUAAUUGUAAUGUUAUUGUUAUUAUGUUAAGAUUAAAAAGUCCUUUAUUUGUUCCACAACAGGGGACAAAUAAACUUCACAGUGCUGACAGCAGCAGUGUUUAGACCAGGAUAUAAGAAUAAGGUAUAGCAUAGUGCUAUAGUAACAGAGAUAACAGUUGAAGCUGUUUCUUAACAUUUAUACUGUCCAGUUUGCAGUUAUACAGUAGUCACUAAGAAAUAUUGCAGUUCCAAAAAUAAAUACCCGAGAUAAUAUAUUAAGUUUUGCAAAUAAUACAUAAAACAGAAAAAUGUGAAUGAUAACAGUCAAACGUACAUAUUACUGUUGUUACCGUAACACACAAAAAUAACAGCAAAUAAUCCCCUGUCCCCCUCCAAGGGGAGGCGCACCUCACCUAAUGAAAACCUCUGGCCUAGGCUACAACACCUGUAGUCUAUUUUACAUAAUUUAAGAUGAUUUCAUUAGAGACCAACUGCACUCAUGCACUUGUAUUAUUUCUGACUGUGCUGUGGUAGUGCUCUACUGCACUGAAACGUUAGCUAUCAGAUGGAUGCUAAGCUAGGCGAAAGUAAUCGAUAUAAUGAAAGAGGUUUUAACCAAAGAAUAUACAUAACUUUUGGGAAACAUAGGCAAAAGCACAGAUACUCUACUUACCGCCACAUGCUUCCGCGGGUUUGACGUGGACGUUUCGACAGUGACAGCUCUUUCCGCCGUGCACCGCAUGAUAAAGUUAUUUCCUCGUUUGCAUUUGAAAACAAAGAGGUGGCUGAGAUAUGGCCAAUAAUUUCAUUCAGUCUCUGAGUAGGGUGCGCUCUUCUUGGCAAUCCUCAACCUCCAGUUUUGUUCGGCACCAGCCAUCAUUCAACGACAGGAUAGAUUGUGUCUUAACCAACGUUGUCUGGCGACAUUAAUUAGUGGGAAAUUCGCGCGCGCCCACGCACAGUAAAUGCAGCUUGUUUUCCCCCUCAUUUUUAUUUUUUUACUCAACGGAUUUUUUUUUAAUGUAGCGAAGUAAAACACUCAGUCAAAAUGUACAGUAAAAUGACCUUUCCAAAACUACUUACAGAUUACUCACAAAAACUACUCAAAUAGAGUAACGUGAAUAAAUGUAAUUGGUUAUGUUCCGUCUCUGGUUAAACAAAAAUUAAGCUGGUUUUCUGCUGUAGCUUGUGGAGGAGGCUGUGUAAUUCUGUGACUCAUGCAUGCAUGCAAAACAAAACAACAACAAAAAAACUAAUAAUUGUUUAAAUAUUUAGUUAUAAACUUUAACAAAUACUCAAACAUUAUUACCAAAGAAGUUGCACAGUAUGAUCGAUGGGUGAGAAAUGGAAAGAAG